AUGGGAAGUGACACCUACUUCAUCGGGAUCGAUGUCGGCACUGGCUCUGCUCGUGCCUCUCUCGUCGCGCAAAAUGGCGAGAUCAAAGCGUCCUCCACAAAGGACACCAUCACCUGGCGCGAUCAGCACGAUCACCGCAUCUUUGAGCAAUCAACGAACAAUAUCUGGGAGCAGAUCUGUACCGCGGUGAAGGAAGUCAAGGGGCUUGGCUUCGAUGCCACCUGCUCUCUCGCCGUGUCAGAUUUUAACGCGACGCCGAUAACAGUAACCAAAGGCAACGAUCUCGGAAAGAAUGGUGAUCGGAACAUCAUUCUAUGGGCAGACCAUCGCGCUGAGAAGGAGGCUGAACUUAUCAACUCCACUGGGUCGAUUGUCUUGAAUUAUGUUGGCGGAACUAUGAGUCUUGAGAUGGAGGUGCCCAAGAUUCUUUGGCUUAAGAAGCACAUGGACCCUGCCCUAUUCACCCGAUGCCAAUUUUUUGACCUUCCCGAUUUCUUCACAUAUAAAGCAACCGGAGAUAACACACGCUCAUAUUGUUCGACUACGUGCAAAUGCUCUUUUGUUCCUGACAAAGGCUGGCAGCCGGACUUCUUUGAACGCAUUGGUCUCGGUGAACUCAUCGAUGAUGGCAACUGGAGGCAGAUGGGCACUGCUCAUGGCAGAGUACAGGCUGCUGGAAGCCCAGUCGGCCAAGGCCUGACUAAACAGGCCGCUGAAGAACUUGGACUUGUGGAAGGCACUGCUGUAGGAAGCGGCCUGAUCGACGCAUAUGCUGGCUGGAUGGGCACGGUUGCCGCUCGAUACACGGAGAAUGGUCAGCUCUCAACCGUACUUCCCUCUCUCGACGAGUCUCGGCACCGUUUGGCCGCUGUUGCCGGAACUAGCACUUGUCAUCUUGUUCAGAGUCGAGAAGGUGUCUUCGUAAAGGGUGUAUGGGGCCCAUAUAAGGAUGCAACUUUCCCUGGCUGGUGGAUGAAUGAAGGGGGCCAGUCGUCCACGGGACAACUUAUUGACUUCAUCAUCACCACUCAUACUGCGUAUUCUGAACUCAAGGAACGUGCAAAACAAGAGGGAAAGGCUAUUCAUACUGUCCUGCUGGACGUCCUCGAAAAAUUGCGCCACGAGAAUCAUGUCGAUACCUACACGGAGCUCACGAAGCAUAUACACUUCUACCCCGAUUUCCAUGGAAACAGGUCUCCGAUUGCCGACCCUCGAAUGAGAGGUUCCAUUGUCGGUCUUGAGCUGGAAUCAUCUAUCGCUGACCUCGCUCGCAAGUACUACCUAACACUUGAGGCUAUCGCACUUCAAACACGCCACAUCGUCGAGGCUCUCAACACAGCAGGUCAUGACAUCACGUCUCUGUAUAUGUCCGGUGGACAGGCAAAGAAUGUGGUGAUGAUGCAGCUCUUUGCGGACACGUGUGACAUCCCCGUCAUCCUGCCCAAGUCACAUUCCGAGGCUGUGGUUCUCGGUGCAGCGAUGUUGGGAAGGAUUGCAGCAGAGGGUGUCAAGGACGGAGAAGACAUGUGGAAGAUUAUGGUCGAAAUGACACCCACUGGAACCCUCGUGGCUCCUAGUGCUUCAUCGAAAGUGAAGAAACUGUUAGAUGCCAAAUACAAGAUAUUCCGAGAGACGAUUGAUAUCCAGAAGCGGUGGAGACAGGAGAUCGAACAAGCCAGCAAUUGA